GCCAACAAGAAGGCAAGCGCGGCGACCCAUUCGCGUGGAGGCGCGCGGCGCGGCAGACGCAGCAGAGCCCGGGCGCGAGCGAGGCGCGAAGGCGAGCAGGCGCCACCGCGCGGUUGCUGCCGCCCGCAGGGACAGCAGCGCAACCUCUGUUCUCUGCUUCGUCUCUCGCGCACUUCAGUGCCUGCAUCUUUAAUUAAAGGGCCGUCCCCUCGCCGAGGCUACAGCACCGCCCCUCCGGAUCCUCGCGCCUCAAAAUGAGUAGCUUCCACUCGCGGUCCGGCCAGAGCGCGGCGGGCGCGGCUCCGGGCGGCGGUACUGACGCGCGUGACGCCGAGAUGCCGGCCACCGAGAAGGACUUGGCGGAGGACGCGCCGUGGAAGAAGAUCCAGCAGAACACAUUCACGCGGUGGUGCAACGAGCACCUGAAAUGCGUGAGCAAGCGCAUCGCCAACCUGCAGACGGACCUGAGCGAUGGGUUGCGGCUCAUCGCGCUGCUGGAGGUGCUGAGUCAGAAGAAGAUGCACCGCAAGCACAACCAGAGGCCCACUUUCCGCCAGAUGCAGCUCGAAAAUGUGUCGGUGGCGCUCGAGUUCCUGGACCGCGAGAGCAUCAAGCUUGUGUCGAUCGACAGCAAAGCCAUUGUGGAUGGGAACCUGAAGCUGAUCUUGGGCCUUAUCUGGACGCUGAUCCUGCACUACUCCAUCUCCAUGCCCAUGUGGGAUGAAGAGGAGGAUGAGGAGGCCAAAAAGCAGACCCCAAAGCAGAGGCUUCUAGGCUGGAUCCAGAACAAGCUGCCCCAGUUGCCCAUCACCAACUUCAGUCGGGACUGGCAGAGCGGCCGUGCCCUGGGUGCUCUGGUUGAUAGCUGUGCCCCAGGCCUGUGUCCUGACUGGGACUCCUGGGAUGCUAGCAAGCCUGUGAACAAUGCACGGGAGGCUAUGCAGCAGGCAGAUGACUGGCUGGGCAUCCCCCAGGUGAUCACCCCCGAGGAGAUUGUGGACCCUAAUGUGGAUGAGCAUUCUGUCAUGACCUACCUGUCCCAGUUCCCCAAGGCCAAGCUGAAGCCAGGGGCUCCCCUGCGGCCCAAACUCAACCCCAAAAAAGCGCGAGCCUAUGGUCCAGGCAUUGAGCCCACCGGCAACAUGGUGAAGAAGCGGGCGGAGUUCACUGUGGAGACCCGCAGUGCUGGCCAGGGGGAGGUGCUGGUGUAUGUGGAGGACCCAGCUGGACACCAGGAGGAGGCAAAGGUGACCGCCAAUAAUGACAAGAACCGCACCUUUUCUGUCUGGUAUGUCCCCGAAGUGACGGGGACUCAUAAGGUGACCGUGCUCUUUGCUGGCCAGCAUAUUGCCAAGAGCCCCUUUGAGGUGUAUGUGGACAAGUCACAGGGUGAUGCCAGCAAGGUGACUGCCCAGGGCCCUGGCUUGGAGCCCAGCGGCAACAUCGCCAACAAGACCACUUACUUUGAGAUCUUCACGGCUGGAGCUGGCAUAGGGGAGGUGGAAGUCAUGAUCCAGGACCCUACGGGACAGAAAGGCACAGUGGAGACUCAACUGGAGGCCCGAGGGGACAGCACAUAUCGCUGCACCUACCAGCCCACCAUGGAGGGCACCCAUUUAGUGCACAUCACUUUCGCCGGGGUGCCCAUCCCUCGCAGUCCCUACACUGUCACUGUCGGCCAAGCCUGCAACCCAGCAGCCUGCCGUGCUGUUGGCCGGGGCCUGCAGCCCAAGGGUGUGCGGGUCAAGGAGACAGCGGAUUUCAAGGUGUACACAAAGGGAGCUGGCAGUGGGGAGCUCAAAGUCACUGUGAAAGGCCCCAAGGGAGAGGAGCGUGUGAAGCAGAAGGACCUGGGCGACGGAGUGUAUGGCUUUGAGUACUACCCCAGCGUCCCUGGGAUGUACACUGUAACCAUCACGUGGGGUGGCCAGAACAUUGGGCGCAGUCCCUUCGAGGUGAAGGUGGGGACCGAGUGUGGCAACCAGAAGGUGCGGGCCUGGGGUCCCGGGCUGGAGGGUGGCGUUGUUGGCAAGUCAGCUGAUUUCGUGGUAGAGGCCAUCGGGGACGACGUGGGCACCCUAGGGUUCUCGGUGGAGGGGCCAUCACAGGCCAAGAUCGAAUGUGACGACAAGGGUGAUGGCUCCUGUGAUGUACGCUACUGGCCCCAGGAGCCGGGUGAGUAUGCCGUGCAUGUGCUGUGUAACAGCGAGGACAUCCGCCUCAGUCCCUUCAUGGCCGACAUCCGAGAAGCACCCCAGGAUUUCUACCCAGACCGGGUGAAAGCCCGAGGGCCUGGACUGGAAAAGACUGGUGUGGCUGUCAACAAGCCUGCGGAGUUCACGGUGGAUGCCAAGCUCGGUGGGAAGGCCCCACUCCGUGUCCAAGUCCAGGACAAUGAGGGCUGCCCUGUGGAGGCGUCAGUCAAGGACAAUGGCAACGGCACUUACAGCUGCUCGUAUGUGCCCAGGAAGCCCGUAAAGCACACUGCCAUGGUGUCAUGGGGCGGUGUCAGCAUCCCCAACAGCCCCUUCCGGGUGAAUGUGGGAGCUGGUAGCCAUCCAAACAAGGUCAAGGUGUAUGGGCCAGGAGUGGCCAAGACGGGGCUGAAGGCCCACGAGCCCACCUACUUCACCGUGGACUGUGCCGAGGCCGGCCAGGGUGACGUCAGCAUUGGGAUCAAGUGCGCCCCUGGAGUGGUGGGUCCUGCCGAGGCCGACAUUGACUUUGACAUCAUCCGCAAUGACAAUGACACUUUUACGGUCAAGUACACACCUCGUGGCGCUGGCAGUUACACCAUCAUGGUCCUCUUUGCAGACCAGGCCACACCCACCAGCCCCAUCCGUGUCAAGGUGGAGCCCUCCCAUGACGCCAGCAAGGUGAAGGCAGAGGGCCCUGGCCUCAGUCGAAGCGGGGUUGAGCUGGCCAAGCCUACCCACUUCACGGUGAACGCGAAAGCCGCCGGGAAAGGCAAGCUGGAUGUCCAGUUCUCCGGGCCGGCCAAGGGCGAUGCAGUGCGUGACAUGGACAUCAUUGACCACCAUGAUAACACCUACACGGUCAAGUACACCCCGGUGCAGCAGGGCCCAGUCGGUGUCAACGUCACUUAUGGAGGGGAUCCCAUCCCUAAGAGCCCCUUCUCAGUGGGGGUGUCUCCGAGCCUGGACCUCGCUAAAGUCAAGGUGUCUGGUCUGGGAGAGAAAGUGGACGUUGGCAGAGACCAGGAAUUCACAGUCAAGUCGAAGGGGGCAGGGGGUCAAGGCAAAGUGGCAUCCAAGAUUGUGGGCCCCUCAGGCACAGCAGUGCCCUGCAAGGUGGAGCCGGGCCUUGGUGCUGACAACAGCGUGGUGCGCUUCGUGCCCCGAGAGGAGGGCCCCUACGAGGUGGAGGUGACUUAUGACGGUGUACCCGUGCCUGGCAGCCCCUUUCCCGUGGAGGCUGUGGCUCCCACCAAGCCUAGCAAGGUGAAAGCAUUUGGACCGGGGCUGCAGGGCGGCAGCACAGGCUCCCCUGCGCGCUUCACCAUCGACACCAAGGGUGCGGGCACAGGAGGCCUGGGCCUGACAGUGGAAGGCCCCUGUGAGGCCCAGCUCGAGUGCCUGGACAACGGCGAUGGCACCUGUUCUGUGUCCUACGUGCCCACCGAGCCUGGGGACUACAACAUCAACAUUUUGUUUGCUGACACCCACAUCCCUGGCUCGCCGUUCAAAGCCCACGUGGUGCCCUGCUUUGAUGCGUCCAAGGUCAAGUGCUCAGGCCCCGGACUGGAGCGUGCCACAGCUGGGGAGGUUGGGCAGUUCCAGGUAGACUGCUCGAGUGCAGGCAGUGCCGAGCUGACCAUCGAGAUCUGCUCAGAGGCUGGUCUGCCAGCCGAAGUGUACAUACAAGACCACGGUGACGGCACGCACACCAUCACCUACAUUCCUCUCUGCCCUGGGGCUUACACUGUCACCAUCAAGUAUGGUGGCCAGCCUGUGCCCAACUUCCCCAGCAAGCUGCAGGUAGAGCCUGCAGUGGACACAUCGGGCGUCCAGUGUUAUGGGCCUGGGAUUGAGGGCCAAGGGGUCUUCCGUGAGGCCACCACUGAGUUCAGUGUGGAUGCCCGGGCACUGACACAGACUGGAGGACCACAUGUCAAGGCCCGUGUGGCCAACCCCUCUGGCAACCUGACCGAGACCUAUGUGCAAGACCUUGGCGAUGGCACAUACAAAGUGGAAUACACACCAUACGAGGAGGGACUCCAUUCUGUGGAUGUGACCUAUGAUGGCAGCCCCGUGCCCAGUAGUCCCUUCCAGGUGCCAGUGACUGAGGGUUGUGACCCCUCCCGUGUUCGUGUCCAUGGGCCUGGCAUCCAGAGUGGCACCACCAACAAGCCCAAUAAGUUCACUGUGGAGACCAGGGGAGCUGGCACAGGUGGGCUGGGCCUAGCUGUUGAGGGCCCUUCAGAGGCCAAGAUGUCCUGCAUGGACAAUAAGGACGGCAGCUGCUCAGUCGAGUACAUUCCCUAUGAGCCUGGGACCUACAGCCUGAAUGUCACCUAUGGCGGACACCAAGUACCAGGUAGCCCCUUCAAGGUCCCUGUGCACGACGUGACAGAUGCAUCCAAAGUCAAGUGCUCUGGGCCCGGCCUGAACCCAGGCAUGGUCCGCGCUAACCUCCCUCAGUCCUUCCAGGUGGACACCAGCAAGGCCGGUGUGGCCCCGCUGCAGGUCAAAGUUCAGGGCCCCAAAGGCCUAGUGGAGCCUGUGGACGUGGUGGACAAUGCCGACGGUACCCAGACGGUCAACUAUGUGCCCAGCAGAGAAGGGCCCUAUAGUAUCUCUGUGCUGUAUGGGGAGGAAGAGGUGCCUCGCAGUCCCUUCAAGGUCAAGGUGCUUCCCACUCACGAUGCCAGCAAGGUGAAAGCCAGCGGCCCUGGGCUCAACACCACUGGUGUGCCUGCCAGCCUGCCUGUGGAGUUCACCAUUGACGCCAAGGAUGCUGGGGAAGGCCUGCUGGCCGUUCAGAUCACGGACCCUGAGGGCAAGCCCAAGAAGACGCACAUCCAGGAUAACCAUGAUGGCACAUACACAGUAGCCUACGUGCCAGAUGUGACAGGCCGCUAUACCAUCCUCAUCAAGUAUGGCGGCGAUGAGAUCCCUUUCUCCCCGUACCGAGUCCGCGCUGUGCCCACUGGGGACGCCAGCAAGUGCACGGUCACAGUGUCAAUCGGAGGUCACGGGCUAGGUGCUGGCAUCGGCCCCACCAUCCAGAUCGGUGAGGAGACGGUGAUCACUGUGGACACAAAGGCUGCGGGCAAGGGCAAGGUUACCUGCACUGUGUGCACGCCGGAUGGCUCAGAGGUGGAUGUGGACGUGGUAGAGAAUGAGGAUGGCACCUUUGACAUCUUCUACACAGCUCCUCAGCCGGGCAAAUACGUCAUCUGCGUGCGCUUUGGUGGCGAGCAUGUGCCCAACAGUCCCUUCCAAGUGACAGCUCUGGCUGGAGAUCAGCCCGCAGCACAGCCCUCUUUGCGGCCUCAGCAGCUGGCCCCGCAGUACACCUACCCCCCGGGUGGGCAGCAGACCUGGGCCCCAGAGAGGCCCCUGGUGGGUGUCAACGGGCUGGACGUGACCAGCCUGAGGCCCUUUGACCUCGUCAUUCCUUUCACCAUCAAGAAGGGCGAAAUCACUGGGGAGGUCCGGAUGCCCUCAGGCAAGGUGGCACAGCCCUCUAUCACCGACAACAAGGAUGGCACCGUGACGGUGCGCUAUGCGCCCAGUGAAGCUGGCUUACAUGAGAUGGACAUCCGCUAUGACAACAUGCACAUCCCAGGGAGUCCCCUGCAGUUCUACGUAGAUUAUGUCAACUGUGGCCAUGUCACUGCCUAUGGCCCUGGACUCACCCACGGAGUGGUCAACAAGCCUGCCACCUUCACGGUUAACACCAAGGAUGCAGGAGAAGGAGGCUUGUCGCUUGCCAUUGAGGGGCCCUCCAAAGCAGAAAUUAGCUGCACUGAUAACCAGGAUGGGACGUGCAGUGUGUCCUACCUGCCUGUAUUGCCUGGUGACUACAGCAUCCUAGUCAAGUACAAUGAGCAGCACAUCCCGGGAAGCCCCUUCACCGCCAGGGUGACAGGUGAUGACUCCAUGCGCAUGUCCCACCUAAAGGUGGGCUCUGCUGCUGACAUCCCCAUCAACAUCUCAGAGACUGACCUUAGCCUGCUGACGGCCACUGUGGUGCCCCCCUCAGGUCGAGAGGAGCCCUGUCUACUAAAGCGGCUGCGCAACGGCCACGUGGGGAUCUCCUUCGUGCCCAAGGAGACAGGAGAGCACCUGGUGCACGUGAAGAAGAACGGCCAGCAUGUGGCCAGUAGCCCCAUUCCUGUGGUGAUCAGCCAGUCGGAGAUUGGGGAUGCCAGCCGCGUGCGAGUCUCAGGCCAGGGCCUCCAUGAGGGCCACACCUUCGAGCCUGCAGAGUUCAUCAUUGACACCCGAGAUGCAGGUUAUGGCGGGCUCAGCCUGUCCAUUGAGGGCCCCAGCAAGGUGGACAUCAACACAGAGGACCUGGAAGACGGCACUUGCAGAGUUUCCUACUGCCCCACAGAACCCGGCAACUACAUCAUCAACAUCAAGUUCGCAGACCAGCACGUGCCUGGCAGCCCCUUCUCUGUGAAGGUGACCGGUGAGGGCCGGGUGAAGGAGAGCAUCACACGCAGGCGACGAGCCCCGUCAGUGGCCAAUGUUGGCAGCCACUGUGAUCUCAGCUUGAAGAUCCCUGAGAUCAGCAUCCAGGAUAUGAUGGCACAGGUGACCAGCCCGUCGGGCAAGACACAUGAGGCAGAGAUCGUGGAGGGGGAGAACCACACAUACUGCAUCCGCUUUGUGCCUGCUGAGAUGGGCAUGCACACGGUCAGCGUGAAGUACAAGGGCCAGCACGUGCCUGGGAGCCCCUUCCAGUUCACUGUGGGGCCCCUCGGGGAAGGUGGAGCCCACAAGGUCCGUGCAGGCGGCCCUGGCCUAGAGAGGGCUGAAGCCGGGGUGCCAGCCGAAUUCAGCAUCUGGACCCGAGAAGCUGGUGCCGGGGGCCUGGCCAUCGCUGUUGAGGGCCCCAGCAAGGCUGAGAUCUCUUUCGAGGACCGCAAGGAUGGCUCCUGUGGUGUGGCCUAUGUGGUCCAGGAGCCAGGUGACUACGAGGUCUCAGUCAAGUUCAAUGAAGAGCACAUCCCUGACAGCCCCUUCGUGGUGCCUGUGGCUUCUCCGUCUGGCGACGCCCGCCGCCUCACUGUUUCUAGUCUUCAGGAGUCAGGGCUAAAGGUCAACCAGCCAGCCUCUUUUGCAGUCAGCCUGAAUGGGGCCAAGGGGGCGAUUGAUGCCAAGGUGCACAGCCCCUCGGGAGCCCUGGAGGAGUGCUAUGUCACAGAGAUUGACCAAGACAAGUAUGCCGUUCGCUUCAUCCCCCGGGAGAACGGCAUCUAUCUGAUCGACGUCAAGUUCAAUGGCACCCACAUCCCUGGAAGCCCCUUCAAGAUCCGAGUUGGGGAGCCUGGACACGGAGGGGACCCGGGCUUGGUGUCCGCCUAUGGACCUGGCCUGGAAGGUGGUGUCACGGGGAGCCCAGCCGAGUUCAUCGUGAACACCAGCAACGCAGGAGCCGGUGCCCUCUCUGUGACUAUAGACGGCCCCUCCAAGGUGAAGAUGGAGUGCCAGGAGUGCCCUGAGGGCUACCGUGUCACCUACACUCCCAUGGCACCUGGUAGCUACCUCAUCUCCAUCAAGUAUGGCGGCCCCUACCAUAUUGGGGGCAGUCCCUUCAAGGCCAAGGUCACAGGUCCCCGUCUGGUCAGCAACCACAGCCUCCAUGAAACGUCAUCAGUAUUUGUGGACUCUCUGACCAAGGCCGCCAGUGCACCCCAGCAGGGAGCCCUGGGCCCUGCUGAUGCCAGCAAAGUGGUGGCCAAGGGACUCGGGCUGAGCAAAGCCUACAUGGGACAGAAGAGCAGCUUCACAGUGGACUGCAGCAAAGCAGGCAACAACAUGCUGCUGGUGGGGGUGCAUGGCCCCAGGACGCCCUGUGAGGAGAUCCUGGUGAAGCACGUGGGCAGCCGCCUCUAUAGCGUCUCCUACCUGCUCAAGGACAAAGGGGAGUACAUGCUGGUGGUCAAGUGGGGUGAUGAGCACAUCCCCGGCAGCCCCUACCGUGUCCUGGUGCCCUGAGCCAGCAGCGUCCCCACACCUGCCCUGCGCCCGAGCAGCCCCCUCCCCCCAUCACUGCAGUCGCCCUGUCUCCCGUGCUGUGCUCACCUGCCUCCCUGCUGGCCAGCCUCGAGCCACUUGGCUUUCACUUGGGCAGAGGGAGCCCUUUGGUGGCACCGCCUGUCUGCUUGGUCCUGGGAGGGGUGAGGGUGGCCAUCUUGCUUACGACCACCUGCUAGUUCCUCUUCCUGGCCAAGAAGAAUAAAGUUUUGCUUCCAUUC